UAAAAUGGGCGGGGUUUCGUUGGGCGUGGCUCAUUUUAGCCCCGCCUUAAUACACAUGGCUAGCUCAGGCAAGAAGAGAGAGUUACUGGUUCUUUAUGGAAGUCAAACAGGGACGGCUCAAGACGUGGCCGAGAGAAUUGAGCGCGAGGGAAGGAGGCGAAGGUUCCAUGUUCAAAUUUAUGCCCUGGAUGAGUAUGAUAAGUCUGGAUUGAUAAACACUCCUGUCUGUGUCUUUGUGUGUGCUACAACUGGCCAAGGGGAUCCUCCUGAUAACAUGAAACAGUUCUGGAGGUUUUUACUGAGGCGGAACCUUCCAGCAGACUCUUUAUUGCACCUCCAAACUGCUGUAGUAGGACUGGGAGACUCAUCUUAUUUAAAGUUUAAUUUUAUUGCAAAGAAGCUGUAUCGCCGUUUGGGUCAGUUAGGUGCAUCAUUCCUCCUUCCUCCUGUUUAUGGUGACGAUCAACAUGAUUUAGGUCCUGAUGCAGUAAUAGAUCCAUGGUUGGUUGAUUUAUGGACUAAACUAGACACCCUAUAUCCUCUCCCACCUGGUUUAUCCGUACUACCAUAUAAGGAAAGGUUGCCAUCAAGAUUUAAUAUUAAUGCUUAUUCUGCUCCGGUAUCAAAUACUGCCUUGAAGCCUCCUUCUCAAGCAAUGCCUGCUCUACUGUUGGACAAUUCUCGUCUUACUCCUUCAUCACAUUUCCAAGAUGUGAGACUAAUAACACUUGAAGGAUCUUUCCCACACUACUCCCCUGGUGAUGUGCUCAUGAUAGUUCCAGAGAAUACUUCAGAGUCAGUCGAGAGGUUCCUUCAAGUGACGGAGAUGACUCAUCUUGCUGAUCUCUCCUUGAAUAUAACAUCAAAUGAAGAAGGUAUCUCAGUCCCCCAGAGACUCUCCUCUCCUUGCACUCUAAGGACACUGCUGAGAUGCUACUGGGACAUCCAGUCUGUACCUAGACGCUCAUUCUUUGAGAUAUUGUCAUGGUUUGCCAUGAACGAGUUAGAGAAAGAGAAACUUGAAGAGUUUGUUACUCCAGAAGGACAGGAAGAGCUGUAUUCUUAUUGUAACAGACCAAGGAGAACAAUUAUUGAAGUAUUAAUUGAUUUUCCUUUGACUGCUACUAAGAUCCCAGUCUCUUAUCUCUUAGACUUACUUCCUGUAUUGCAACCGAGAGCAUUCUCUAUUGCUUCAUCAGCAACAACUAAUCCUCAACAUGUUCAAAUUUUGGUGGCAGUUGUUGAGUAUAAAACUAAACUCUUUCAUCCUAGAAAGGGUGUUUGCACUACCUGGCUGGCAUCACUGGAUCCUUGCAGAGAACAGCACUAUUUAUCCGUCUGGCUAAGCAAGGGAACGUUCUCUUUUCCUUCAUCUGGACAUAUCAUUAUGAUUGGACCUGGGACUGGUUGUGCUCCCUUUAGAUCAUUCAUUAAUGAGAAAUCCAGCUCAUCUGUUGUACCUGGCCAGCCUUGUCAUUUAAUGUUGUUUUUUGGUUGUCGCUCAGAGAGAGCUGAUUAUUUCUUUAGAAGUGAAUGGGAGUCAUUAGCUGCUUCAAAUAAACUCCUAAUAUUCACUGCUUUCUCAAGAGAUCAAGAAAUGAAAGUAUAUGUUCAGGAUAAGAUCAAAGAGCAGAAGGAGCUUGUGUGGGACUGGCUUGAGAGACAUAAUGCCUAUGUCUUCAUUGCUGGAUCUGCUAAGAGGAUGCCUAUUGAUGUUAUUGAUGCACUUAAAGAACUCAUUACGGAAUGUAGCAACCAUAAACUGGAUGCUGAAGAAUACAUAAAAUCAAUGGAAGCUCAUAAACGACUCCAGCUAGAGACGUGGGCUUGAAUCAUCAUGCCAGACAGCAAUGUGUAAAUGAGUAUAUAUGAUGUAAAUGUGUAAAUAAGUAUGUGUAUACUAUUUGUAGUCUGCACUACGCGGUUGCAAAUUUCCUGUGAGGUGAUUAUAGUUGUUGGCAUUUUUAAUUUUGUGGUUCAAUCAAAACUUUUUUGGCUGUGAAAGAUUAA